AUGAGCUUCGCUAUUGAGGUGCCCGGCGAUGCCAACCCUCUCAGCCUGCAGGAGCUCUGCAGAGCCCUCGAGUCUGCGACCUCGACCGACUAUGCCCGUAGACAGGCCGCUGGCCAGCAGCUCACAUCAUGGGAAACCGAGAAGGGUUAUUUCUCCUCCUUGCAGACCAUCUUCCUGGACAAGUCCCUUCCCUUCGACAUCCGAUUCCUGGCCGUGAUCCAGCUCAAGAACGGCAUCGACAAGUGCUGGCGUCUGCUCUCAAAUAUCAAAGGCGGCUUGGAUCCCGAGGAAAAGAACCUCAUUCGACAACGCUUGUUCCAGGGUACACUGGAAGAGGAGGAGAAGGGCCUCUCGCUGCACAACUCUUUGGUUACCGCCAAGGUCAUUAGAAUUGACUACCCUCAACACUGGCCGGAUGCCCUGUCCAACAUUAUUGGUCUUGUCAGAGGCUCCAAGGAUGGCAAUCAACAACAUUUGCACGGUUCUCUGCAGAUCCUGCUCCGCGUUGUCAAGGAACUGGGCACCGCUCGUCUGCGGAGAUCGCAAACGGCACUCCAAUCCGUCACUCCUGAAAUUGUGUACUUGCUUGGAGAAGUUUACACGGAGAAGUCGGCAGUCUGGAUGGGAUUCCUCACAAACGGACGUGGCGACGAAGAUGAGGCCGACUUGGCCAUGCUCAUCAGCCUGAUUUCUCUCAAGAUACUGCGCCGCCUGCUCGUUGUUGGCUACGAGUCACCGCAUAACGACAAGACGGUUCAGCAGUUUUGGACUGUGUCACAAAACCAUUUUGGCCAGUUCCUCGGUUUUGUGAGCCAUGACUCUCACGUACCGGCCCCUUACCAAGAUACCGUAGGAAAGCACCUGUUGCAGUUUACCAAGCUUCACAUCGACAUGUCCGAGUCACACCCUGCCAGCUUCGCUGUUCUUCCUAACUCUCUACCCCUUGUACACGCAUACUGGGACCUGGUUGCCAAAUUCGCCGAAGUUUUCGAGAAGUCGGGGGGAAUUCGCCAGUCAUCCGGUGACUCUGGACAAUCAGAGUCAAAGUCCAAGGUGGAGGGCCCCUUGCUGGAGAGGCUCGCGCUUAGAGCCCUGCUCUUGAUGAGAUCAUGUUUGAGGAUAGCGUUCUACCCAAAGCAAACCUUCAAGUACAAGAGCACAGAGGCCAAGAAGGACGAGAACGAUGCUGUGGCCCUCAUCAAGCAGGAGCUUCUCAAGGACGACUUCGUGGUUCAAAUGGCAAACAUUAUCAUCACACAUCUCUUCGUCUUCCGGAAAGCGGAUCUGGACGCCUGGGAAGAAGAGCCAGAGGAAUGGGAGCAACAAGAGCAGAGUGAAGGCAAUGCGUACGAAUGGGAGGUGCGCCCCUGUGCCGAGAAACUCUUCCUGGACCUUCUCGUCAACUUCAAGCAACUCAUGAUACCCCCCCUCCUUUCCUACUUUGAGACUGCGACAAACCCACAAGCAGAUAUCGCUACCAAGGAGGCAGUGUACACUGCUUUGGGCUUGGCCGCACCGAACGUUGCCAAUCACUUCGACUUUGAUGCCUUACUGGUUUCUACUGUUGUUCAGGAUGCCCAGCAGCAAGGACCUCUUUACAAAGUCCUCCGCCGCCGAAUCGCGAUCAUGGUCAGCCAAUGGGUCACUGUCAAAAUCGCUGAUGGUAGCAGACCACUAAUCUACGAAAUGUUCCGUCAUUUCCUUAAUCCUUCCGAUGCUACAAACGAUGUCGUCGUUCGUAUUACCGCCGCGCGUCAACUUCGAUGGAUCGUGGAUGAGCUUGCUUUCAGCGCGGAAGCUUUCCUCCCUUAUGCCGCCGAUGUACUGAAUGAGCUUCUUCAACUGCUUCAGAAUGUUGACAUCGACGAGACGAAGCUGGCUGUUUUGGAGUCCAUGCGCAUUCUGGUGACGAGACUGGAGCAUCAUGUUUCCCAGUUUGGAGAUUUCAUCAUGUCUAGUCUCCCAAGCAUCUGGGAGAACUCUGGGACAGAGGAGUACAUGAUCAAGCAAGCCAUCAUUGCCAUCUUCGCCGCCUUAGUCAUGUCUAUGGGCAGUGAUUCUCAGAGAUAUCAGCACUUGAUGGUCCCUCUAUUGUCAGAGGCAGCAAAGACUGGCUCUGAUCUCCACACAUAUUUGAUUGACGAAGUUCUAGAUCUGUGGAACUCGGUUUUGAUGCAGAGCAACCCUCCUGUCUCUGCUGACAUUAUGAGCAUAGCAGAGCUUUCCCUGCCUCUUCUGGAGUACCAGACUGAGACCGCGGCAGUAGCCCUUUCGGUCGUUGAGUCUUAUAUCCUUUUGGGUACACAGGCGGUCCUCGAGGACAGGCUGCGACGGCCAUUUUUGCAGGCUUUAUCCGGGGUCCUCGACUCCAAGAGUCGGGAACAGGUUCGACAGGGCACGGUCUGCAUCGAAUAUAUGAUUCGUGCUGCGUCGGAGCUGGGCGGAGCUAAUGGCACGUCGGUCAUUAUUCAAGAUAUGCUGGAGACUGGAUUCCUCAAAAAGAUCUUGGAGAACCUUCAUAAUGCCUGGGAGGCCAACCAAACCACUGGACCGAACAAGAAGGUUAGCAAGCUGAGCACCAUAACAGAGCGCGACUACUUUGCGAUCCUUUCUCGACUGAUUAUUGCCGACCCGGCGCUCUUCGUCACGAUGCUGUCAUCGUUUGGGCCCGUGGAACACGUCUGGGCCUGGCUGAGCGGGGAGUGGUUUUUCCAUCUCGAUGGUGUUGAUCAUCUUGAGCGACAGAAGUUGUCCCUUCUAGCUCUGACGCGUCUCUUGGAACUUCCUCAACCCAUGCAGAACUUGGCUCUGGCCAAGCUUCAGGACUACUUCACACUAUGGACAGGCACCAUUUCCGAACUUCAGGACGGCUUGACGGAUGGGACCGACUCUCUGAUUUGGUCAGAGAUGGAGCCCAAUGAUUAUGAGACGCCGAAAAGCCUGAAGGAGACGGAAUGGACCCAAAAAGACCCCAUUCACACGGUCAACGCCAUGUACUUUGUCAAGGAGCGCCUUCAAGAUGUGGUCCAGCGCUCAGGAGGCGAACAGCAAUUCGAGCAGGAGUGGGCCAUCAAUGUGGAUAAGGACGUACUGCAGAAGUUUUGGAGUUUGACCCAGGUCACGGGAAGUGCAUAG